GUUUUUCCGACUGACGUGUAGAAGAACAAGAGUGUUUGCUUUUUAUCGUUUUUUGGGAAAAUGCCAUCGAUUACAGUGUAAAUAGUGUGUAAACGUGAAAGCUAUUACAAUGGCCACGCUAAUACAGUCUUACGAGCAACAAUAUUCAGUGCUUACUGCUGACAUAACUGCAAAAAUCAGUCGCCUGAUAUCGUGCAAUGAAGAAAAUCGAGAUCAACUUUCCAGAGAAAUACUAUCGAAUUUUGAAGAAGCCAACGAUUUGUUAGAACAGUUGGAGCUGGAGUCUCGCAGUGCAGGGGCGGGCUCGCGCGUGGGCGCCUACCGCGUGGAGCUGCUGCGAGUGCAGGACGAGUACCGAGCAGUAGUCGCCAGCCACGCUGCCAAGUACAACAUAGACAAUGAGAUAGAAGACUAUGAAGACUGGAGCGGCUUAGCCGAUCAACAACGCAUGCUACUGGACAACACUGAGCGAGUGGAGCGCACGGGAAAGACCAUCACUGAGGGAUACAGGCUGGUGCUGGAGACGGAACAAAUUGGCGCUGCUGUACUGCAAGACUUGAGUGUACAGAGAGAAACGAUACAACGAUCUCGUGGGAGGCUCCGUGAAACAGACGAGCAGCUGAACCGUUCGUCGCGCCUCCUCAACUCGAUGGUCAUGCGCGCGCUGCAGGACCGCUUCGUGCUCAGCGUCGUGUUCGUCGUGCUCGGCGGGCUCGGCUGCCUGGCCAUAUACUUCACCGUCACUUAGCCAGCUUGACCAGAAAAGUGAGUGCGUACUCAUAAUAUGUGUAAUUGUUUAGGAGUCCGUGAAGAGGCAUGUAUAAUGUAUAUUCUUAUUUGUUUAUUGGUAAGCUGCUGUAUUAUUCACGUAUUAUUAAUAAUAAGCAGCAUACAUUACACUAUCAGUCAUUCUCUCUCCCACUUACUUAAUUACUAAAUGGAAGAAAAGUGAGGUACCCAUAUGCAUAAUCUAUUGGUUAGGUGUCCGUGAAGAGGCAUGUGUAUUCUUAUUUGUUCAUUGGUAAGCUGCUGCAUAUAAUUAUUAACAAGCAGCAUACAUUACAAAUUACACUAUCAGUUGGUCCCAGUUAUUAAUUGAGGAUAAUAUUCAUGGAAAAUGCACAUAAGUUGGCAUUGUAAUAUUAAACCACAUAAAACACUAAAUAGUUUGUUGCUUUCAUCAACUGUAUGGGAAUUUUCUACACUGCAGCAUCCCUGUUAUGCAUAAAAAAAUCUCACAUUGAUCUAUCUCCAAGAAACAUACUUAUUGGACACAUUGUAUUAUUAUUGUCUCAUAUUCCAUACAUUGGCUAAAAAAGACAGUAUUCUUAAUUUAGGACCAAGCUCGUUUAUUCAUUGUAAGAAAAAGAAGGCAUUUAAUAAUUUUAAGAAACCAUAUCAUGAGAAAAAAAUAUUUUACGCGUUAUUCAGAAUUCCUAUGUGUUGUGAUAAUUUAAGUUUAUUUAUGUUUGUAUGUUCACACACUGUUACAUUAAUAAAAAUCACUUAUUGGUUAUGUUAGUACCUGACUAUAUUUAAUAAGAUUAUGUUAAAAAUUACACUAUAUUCAUAAGAAAUUAGGUUUAAGUUAUUUAUAUUCAUAUAAAACAUACCUAUGAUAUAAAACUACUAUAAAAGACAAUCAAAUUAUGUUUAUACUUCCAGCAUUGUAGAUAGGCUCAUUUUAAACCACUUAAAAAAUUCUUGAUAAUGAAAUGAAAAAUUAUAGCUAAUUUAUUAACAUAACUCAUUCUAUCAAUAAAUAUGUAAUAAACUUGUAAGUAUAACCUCAUUAGUAACGGUUUUCUGCACUCUUCUAAUGUAAAAACGUGUAUUUUAUACGAUCUGUACGUAACGUAAUGUACAUUAACGCUUUUUAUGAUUAUUGUGAGACUGUUAUGUAGGUAACUAAGUGUAGAUAGGUAGAUCAAAUAUUUACUCAUCUGUGCAAUAUUGAUGUAAGGCAAAUAAAAGGUGUGGCUUA